AACACCUGAGCGCCCAGGUAGAGUCUCGAGCGCUCCCGGACUUCCUCGUUCACGGGUGUCAUGGACUGAGCGCUCUGAAGUCAAACUCACGACAAACAGCGACUUUAUAAAGUCCAUAAACAAGCCAAGAUGAAUGAAAAGGAAGCUGAAGAAGGUGCAGUGGCCGUGAUGCCGAAACAAGAUCUGAGCUGGAUUCCAGUGUUCUUUAAAAAGAGAGUGUGCACAACAUUUGUGGAGGACUCUUUCAGCAAUGGCAGUCUGUGUCAGUGUGGGGCCACGCGAGACUUCCACCCCUCAGUGGCCCUGGGCGAUUACUUCAGCACAGCCAUUGUCUGUCACUGGGACAGCACACAGCACUCCUCCGAGCAGCCCACAGAUGCCUAUGGAGAACUGGAGUUUGCAGGAGCCGGCAAGAGACACAGCUAUUUUCUGCGUUUCUCCAGCACUACGGAUCCUUCCAGGGUCUUUGAUUUCAUGAGAAAACACUGGAAACUGAGGCAGCCAAACCUGGUGGUGUCAGUGGUUGGUGGUGAAGGAAGGUCAAAGGUCAAGAGCUGGGUGCGAGACGUGUUGAAGCAGGGGCUGGUUAAAGCAGCACAGAGCACAGGAGCGUGGAUCAUAACCGCAGGACUGAGGGAAGGCAUCGGCAGGUGUGUAGGAGAGGCUGUGAGAGAUCAUGCCUCUGCAGUGUCUUCCACCACUUUCAAUAAAGUGGUUCCUAUAGGCAUUGCUCCCUGGGGUCUGGUACAUAACCGCCAACAGCUUGUUAACCCUGAGGGAAGUUUCCCUGCAAAGUAUUUUGUCCAAAAUGCAACACGUGACUCCUGGUGUCUGGAUAAUAACUACAAGGCUUUCCUUCUGGUGGAUGAUGGGACCGUAGGACGUAAAGGUGGGGAGGUCAUUUUCAGAGGCCGUCUGGAGAAUCACAUUUCACGUCAGCGUCCAGGCAGUGCAAGCAUUGAGAUUCCUGUUCUGAAUAUGCUGAUAUCUGGAGAAACUUCCAUGGUGGAGGCAUUAGAUACCUCUCUGAUGAAUUCAAUGCCCUGGUUGGUCCUGGCUGGUUCGGGUGGGCUUGCCAAUCUUGUGAGUGACAUCGUGGAGAACGUGCAGUCUGCUUCAGUGCCUGUACUUGGAGCAGAGAAGGAGGAAGGCACUCCCAACGUGGAGCUUAGAGAACGAAUAGCCACGAAAGUAAAAAAAUACUUUCCUUCAGAGCGAGACAUGGACAAGCUUGUUGACAAGGUUUUAAGCAUCUAUCAGAAAAAAGACCUCAUCUCCAUUUAUCACGCAGAAGGAACGGAUGAUUUUGACACUGUGAUGCUUAAAGUGCUUGUGCAAGCGAGUAAACAGCGGGUUUCAGUGACCACUAAUCCCUAUGUUGAUGAGUUGAAGCUGGCUGUAACCUGGAACAGAGUGGACAUUGCCAAGAGUGAACUCUUCAAUGGAAACAUUGACUGGAAGUAUGAAGAUCUAGAAGAUUCCAUGACUGAUGCCCUGAUGAACAAUAAACCCCAGUUUGUGCGUCUCUUCAUUGACAACGGUCUGAACAUGUUGGGCUACCUGUCUUACGGCCGACUGGAGGAUCUUUACAACUCCAUCUCUGACACCUCUCUGGCCGGCACUCUCCUGCAGCAUCUCCUUAACGAGCGCAAGAACGAGUCCAGUGAUCAGACAUGUCGCGUCAGCGUGUAUGAGGUGUGUCAGCUGCUGGAGGAUCUAUUGGGAGAGGUAUGCCAGCCUUUCUAUAAGCCUGUGCUCAAAUUGGACCCAGCAUCUACCAGAAGAAAAGCUCUGAAGAAAGUAUGUGCGGUCCUAAAGGAGGAUUGCACGCAUCGGAAAGUCAUGUGUAAGCACCCGUGGUUAUGUCUCUUCCUCUGGGCGGUGCUGCAGAACCAUAGUGAGAUGGCGAUCUUCUGCUGGGAAAUGUGCGGUGAGUCGGUUCUGACGGCUCUGGGAGGAUGUAAACUAUUGAGGGAGUUGUCUAAACUGGAGAUUGAGACAGAAGCUAAGCUAUCCAUGAAGGAGUUGGCCAUGAAGUUUGAGUGUAUGGCUCAUGAUGUGUUUAGCACAUGCUACCAAACCAAAGCAAGUUAUUCCAAUCAGCUACUGAUCCGCAAGUCUCGUCUGUGGGUUGACGCCACCUGUCUGAAGAUGGCCAUGGCUGCUGACGCCCGUUUUUUCUUCAGCCACGAUGGAGUACAGUCCCUGCUAUCUCAGAUCUGGUGGGGUGACAUGGAAAGAGGAACUGAACUGUGGAAGCUCGUGUUGACAAUGAUCAUUCCUCCUCUCCUCUACACCAACCUCAUUGAUUUCAAGAAAGCAGAGAAUGCAGAAGAGUCAGUGAUGGCACCUCCAUCCUCAGCAACAGACUGUCAUUACGGAGAGACUGUCUACUCCUUCGCUGACAUCAAACACCACAGUGAAGGCGAUCACGAGGACUCAAAUAACAUCAGACGACUGACAAAAGGUACUGCUAUAAAUUCCCAAUCCAAGAAGUGGCCCUUUUGGGUUACCCGCUGGAAGCAGUACUGGUACGCCCCUGUCUCUUCAUUCAUCGGCAACCUUGUGAUGUACUUCGUCUUCCUGUUUCUGUAUGCCUAUGUGCUAUUGGUCGACUUCAAGCAGCCUCCCCCCGAAGGCCCUGCCGUUUCUGAGUAUGUGCUGUAUUUCUGGGUGUUCACGAUCGUGUGCGAGGAGAUUCGAGAGACAUUCAUUGUGGGCAGUAAGACGUUUUCUCAGAGGUUGAUGCUAUAUGUUCAAGAUGUGUGGAAUAAGUUUGAUGUCCUUGCCAUCUCCCUCUUCAUCGCUGGUUUGUGCUGCAGGAUGUUCAGUUGGUCUUUCAACAUGGGACGUGGUAUACUGUGUGUGGACUACAUGGUCUUCACGCUGCGACUCAUUCACAUUUUCGCAAUUCACAGACAGCUGGGUCCCAAAAUAAUCAUACUUGGCAAAAUGAUAAAGGAUGCGUUCUUCUUCUUAUUCUUCCUGGCGGUGUGGCUGAGUGCGUAUGGAGUGGCCAAUCAAGCGCUACUAUACAAAUACGACCCAAGCCCUGAUAGAGCAUUUCGACGAGUCUUGUACAGACCAUAUUUGCAUAUAUUUGGACAGAUUCCUGUGGAAGAAAUAGACACUGGGAAGUAUUGGGAUAGAGACUGCACAGAUAAUCUGACACUGAUUAAUGAAGGGAAAGAGCCAUGUAGAGACACUAGCCACAACUGGCUUGUGGUCAUUUUGCUGGUCAUCUUCUUACUAGUCACCAACAUCCUACUAGUCAACCUGCUCAUCGCCACAUUCAGCUAUACCUUCACUAAGGUUCAAGAGCGCAGCGACACAUACUGGAAGUUUCAGCGGUACAAUCUGAUAGUGGAGUAUCAUUCACGUCCAACUCUUGCUCCACCCUUUAUCAUCCUAUCCCACAUCAACCUCUUAAUCAAAAGAAACUUACGCAAAGUGCCAUCCACCAAAAUCCACCGAUUUGCGGUGGAGUUGAAGGGUAGAGAUGCUAACAAGUUGGUGAAAUGGGAGACCUUGCAGAAGGAGAACUUUCUGGCUCUCGAGAACAAAAAACGAAGAGGGACGGACUCAGAGAGGCUAAAACGCAUGACUUCUAAGGUGGACGGUGUCAUCAAACAGGUUGGUGAGAUCAGAGAUGUUGACCGCAGACUGCGAGCACUAGAAUCAGAUAUGGAGUACUGUACAUCUUCUCUUCAGUGGAUAAUGGAAGCUUUGUCUCAGAGCAGUACAGUGAAGAGCACUAAAGCACACCCGACUCGCAAAGCCCCAGUCAUUUCAGCCUCCAUUGAGAAAUGAAAAAGAGCCUUCUUUCCUGUAUUCGUCUUCUGUUUCUCACUCUCACGGACAUGUGAACCAAGAAGCUGGAGAGAGUCAGUCAAAGGAGGGGCAAUGACAUGUCAAAAAACUACCCGUAUUGUUCUGGUUUCCAUUUUUAAACUAGUCAUCCUGGCCCUUUUCACAGUUCAUCCUGCUCUUACAAGUUUAGUGCUCCCAAAUGACCUGUCCUCAUUUUGCAGGUGAUUGUGGGAAGAGAACAGGGCACGGAAUGUCCUUGAACUUACUGUACACUGAAAGGUCAAUUAUGUCAUGUUACGUUCAUAGAUUACUUUUAUUGUUAGGUUUUUCUAUAAGGUCAGGGUAACUGUCUUCAUAG